AUGCGCUUCGACGGGUCGAAGGUCAGCAAUUUCUUGGUCAGCUCCUUGGCAUCGCUGGGAAACAUGAGGGGUCAUAAGGCAGACCUACGGGUUGUAGAAGCUCGGGUAAACGGGGCGGCACUCCAGCGUCUUCUUGUAGAUGCCCAUAGGGUCCUCGUUGUAGAAGGGCGGGUAGCCCACCAACAUUUCGUAGAUAAGGAUGCCCAGCGUCCACCAAUCAACGGCCUUGCCGUGUCCUUUGUUGAGCAGAAUCUCGGGGGCGAGGUACUCGGGCGUGCCACACAGCGUGUACGUGCGCAUCUCUACGACCUUGGCGAAACCGAAAUCGGUCAACUUGAGGUACCCGUCGCGGCCCACUAG